AUGGUUCUUGCCAACUGUAACAAAAGAAUGUCUGUGCAUUUUACUGUGCAAGGUCAAGAUGAAAGUGACGUCAUUUUCUCUGCGUUCGAGCAGACCUUGAAGACCGUCGUUCCAAGAGUCGGAAAAAUGUCGGAAGAGCAACUGACUGAACAUUUGCUGUUAUUACACAACAUUACCAUUAAGUACAGUUCAUCGACACUUAUUGUGUCUGCCGUUGGACUCUACACUAGUAGCCACUUUACUAUUGUGCCGGCGACUGAACUAAAUCUGUUGGUCAUCUUUUCUGUUUUUAGGACACCCUCUUUACGUUCGCCGUCAACAACUCUGCUUUGUGGUCUGGCUGCAUCAGAUGUAAUUGUUGGACUUAUAGCGCAACCUCUCUUUAUCAUUCGAGAGCUGAUACCAAAUGACACCCUAUUUCAUAUGGCGUUCUUUUUCUCCUGCAGCGGCUGUGGAGUUUCCUUAUUAACGAUGACACUCAUAAGUUUGGAUCGAUACGCGGCUCUUCACUACCACAUGAGAUAUGCUACCAUGGUGACUUCCAAAAGGGUUAUCUGCACGCUAGCGACAAUGUGGUUUGUUAUAUAUGUGGCAUUUGGUAUCUACUUUUGGAAAGGAGUAGUAUAUUUUCUCGUUGCUGCCUGUUUCAUCAUCAGCUGUCUCCUUUUAUCGACAUUCUCUUACGUUAGAAUUUAUCGAAUUGUUAAGCAACACCAGAGGCAGAUUCAGGUGCAGACCCAAGUCUUCCAAGGCCCAAAUAUUGGUAGUAACUUCAACAUAAUUCGUCUUAAGAGAUCCACCAUAAACACCUUCAUAUUUUACAUAUUUUUGAUAUUGUGUUAUUCGCCAAUUUUUCCCUUAGUGAUUGUCGAUGUUUUGUUGCGGAAUCAGGUGUGGUGCGAUAGCUUAAUGUAUGCGACCACUGUGAUUUUUAUGAACUCUGCCAUCAAUCCAAUCUUGUACUGCUGUGUUUUAAAAGAUCUUCGAAAAGCUUUUUUAAGAGCUGCAAGAAAAGUUUUUUGCAAGUAG